GCUGAACCACCCCUUUAACCACUAGAUUGCCAGUAGUAAGACAGGUAUGGAAAAUACAGCUUCUGUUCUAAAAAUUGACACCUCAUUCAGUGCUGGCAGUGUAUAGUGUAUAUAUAGUAUAUAGUAUAGUGUAUAGUAUAGUGCUGGUAAUUGAACAAGAUGGUGCUGGGAGUUGUUCAGUGACAUAGAAAUAUAGCAGCUCAUGCAUAAGACUACAAGGGCCAAUAAGGUCAACAUAAAUAUAAUAGCAGAAGGGCUUAAAUAAGUACAGAGAUUUGUACAUGAGAGUAAAGGUGCAGGGAGUUUUCUCUGAUAAAUUGUUACUAUGCCAGAAAUAGCCAGUUAUCCAGAAGGAAACCCUGGGCAGUGAAAUUGGUAAAAAAAACAAAAGAUUUACCAAGCUGCUGUUGGAAGUGACAAUAAAAGGUGCAGGGGGUUGUGCAUGUAAUUGAAGCAGGAGCACAGGAACAGAACAUAUACAGAAUCAAAGGACAAUUGGGGACUACUUCUAACAUCUGUUUAUUAGAGUGAAGUUGCAGAGAGUUGUACAGUUGUUUGAAGAGAACCCAAUCACACAGCUGACCCAAUUCAGCCUGCAUAGUUUACUUACUGUCUCUUUCUGUAGCUGAAUUGAAGUAAACUAAUCAUAUUAUUUUAUAUAAAGCAAAUCCAGCUAAGAGGAUAGGAAUGAUUAAGUGAUAAGAAUUAAAGAUGGGAAGCAAUGCAAUAACAGUAUCUCUACUUAGUCAUUCACAACAGUGUGCGCAUGGCCAUGUGUCAGUUGCUCAACGGCAGUUGGGUCACUCUACUCAGUGCUGUCUCAGCUUGCAGUAGUGUUUCCAGAGCGUCUCCCUAGUGAGAAGCGAUUAUUUUUACAUUUCAAUAGUUUUAAGGGUGAAUCCACUAGUUAUGGAUAGAUCCCAAAAAGCUCCAGCAUCCCGUGGGCUCACGCGGAAAAGAACCAUCAAGGAGCAGAAAGAACAGGCACCUAAAAGAAUCCGGCGAACAAAAGCGAAUGCGGAGGAGGUGCAGAAGGGCAAGAAGAGAGAGAGAGAGAGCGAGAGAGAACCAGCAAAAGCCCAUCAACAGAAAGGGACUGAUGAUGACGGAGGAAAAGCAGCAAAAAGGAAAAAGAGGAUGACCACCAGGGAGGAGAAAAGCUUGCCUAGUGCCAGAGCUGAAAGUGAGAAGGACAAGAAGAAAAAGAGAGAAGCUGCAGAAGAAGGAGUAAGUCAAGUGAAGAUGCCUUGUGCUCCAUGUAAAAGGCCCAAUCCUAAAAACCUCAGAAACUAUCAGUUUCACAUGGAGCUCGGAGAAGGAAAGUUUGGUAAGGUUAUGCUGGCGACAUUGAAGAACUACAGAGAGCUAGUGGCAGUCAAAGUGAUCAAAAAGAAGGAAAAUGAAUCAGCAAUUGGGAAGAUCUUGGCAGAGGCACGGACCCUACAGAUCGCUAAAGGUUGUCCCUAUCUCUGCCGUGGAUAUGCAGCAUUCCAAUCGCAGCUGCAUGCUUUUCUUGUAAUGGAGUGCAUGAGUGGAGGGAACCUGGAACAGCUAUUGGAUAAGGAAGGUCAACUGACGACGGACAGAGUAAGGUUCUACUCCGCAGAAAUGAUCAUCGGCAUCCAGUUUCUGCAUUCACGCGGUAUUGUGCACCGAGAUCUUAAACCAGCAAAUAUUCUGCUCACCGCUGAGGGUCACAUCAAGAUUGCGGAUUUUGGCAUGGUUGCAGAAGAGAUGUUCGGCGAUACCAAAAAAUAUAGCCCAUCCGGAACACCCCGCUACAUGGCUCCAGAAAUUUUUUCAUGGAGUGGAUAUGGCGCAGCGGCUGAUUGGUGGGCAUUUGCCAUUAUACUGUGCAAAAUGGCCACCAGAAGAUAUCCUUUCUACGAAGGAAAUGUUUGGCAGAACCUGGUGGAUUCAGUGGUCAGUGAGCAGCCUGUUUUCCCAGAGGGUCUCAGCACCGACCUGAAAGAACUUCUGCAGGAGCUCCUGGAGAAGAAUCCAGACAAGCGCCUAGGCACGAAAGGAGAUAUAAGGCAGCACCAGUUUUAUAGAUCCAUGGACUGGACUGCAUUGGAAAACAGGCAGAUACCACCUCCUUUCCAGCCAAGAGCAAUACCAGCUGUGAAUUUCAGAGCAGUAUGCAAAGAGCAACCAUCAUUCUUAGAAGAGAUGGACUGCAUCAACGCUUCAGGCAGAAAAACAAUGAUUCAGGAACUUUCUUUCCUGAGUCCCAGUUGGGAAAUGUAACCUGCUCUAGGCUAUAAUUAUUUAUUGGGCCCUAUCAUCAGCCCUAGUGCCAACUAUAGACUUCUGGAAACUCCUUUAACCAUCGGCCCAUGCCUCUGGCUCUUCCUUGUGGCCUAACCACCGCACCUCCCUAUUGGUCCUUACAACUUGCAAAUUAAUCAGGCUCUCAUUCCUCAGGCCCCCACCAUCAACCCACCAUUCCUCUGGCCCCCACCAUCGGCCCUCACCUCCUCUUCAAGCCCCCAACAUCGGCCUUCACCUCCUAUUGAGGCCCCCACCAUCGGCCCACCGUUUCUCAAGGCCCCACC